CCUACAAGUGAACUCUAUAUAAGACAAACAAUUAAGACGUAUCGGUCGGUUGAAUAUGAUGUUGAGCUAUUCAGUAGCUGCUGGACUCAUCGCCAGUGCUGUUGCAGUUCCAUUAUCUCCAGAUCACCAUUCUGGACGUCUCGAAACCAUAUACCAAUUCCCUAACCACACGUGGCUAGAAUCUAUAGCUGUACGAAACAACGAGAACAUACUCACUGGUGCCAAUAUCAAUCUGAAAGGGCUAUACAACAUAGAUCCUUCCCUUCCACAGGAAUCGAAAGCCAGACUUAUAUACCAGUCAGAUCGAUCUUCGACCUUUGGCAUCACGGAACUGGGGUCGGACAUAUUCGCAUUCACCGUUGGAGACUUCAAUUUCACCGACGUAACAUCCACACCUGGGACAUGGGAUGUCUAUCUUGCCGAUCUUAGAAAUUUCAAUACUCGCACUGGUCAAGGGGCAAAGAUUGAAAGAGCUGCUCAUGUUCACGAUGCCGCAGUACUCAACGGAUUGGCCACGCUUGACGCUGGGAGGGGUAUUAUACUAGCAUCUGACUCCCUCAAAGGAGUUAUCUGGAAAAUUGAUACCAAAAGCGGCGCCGCAGAGAUCUUCUUGGAUGAUCCUGCCUUGAAACCCGUUCAGGAUGGAACGUCUCUACUCCUUGGCAUCAACGGUCUCAAGGUCCAGAACACUGAUAUCUACUUUACGAAUAGCUUUCAGCAACUCUAUGGUCGUGUCAAACUUGACAGGAAAGGGGAAAUCGUCGGAGAGGUAGAGAUACUGGCUCAAGGCUUUUUUGCCGAUGAUCUGGAUGUCGACGCUCACGGUGAUGCUUAUAUUGGAACAAACAUUGGGAACUCUAUCAUACAAGUAACACCAGAUGGCCGGGAACGUGUGGUUGUAGGCGCACAGAACUCCACGGAAGUCUACGGUCCUACUUCUGUGGCAAUUUCGGACCACAACCCGGGCGCUCUGUAUAUAGCUACCUCGGGUGGUUUUGCGGCUCCUUUGGGUGAAUUUAUCGAGGGUGGAAAAGUUCUCUCAUAUGAUUUGAGGCCCCAAAACGGUCAUCUAGGAAAGUAGAUAUGCAUUUAAUUGUUCUGUAGAGAUCAAC